UCCCCUCCCCUCCCCUUCCUCCCUCCCUCUCGUCUCCGGCGGGCGGUGGCCUCACCUCCCUUGCGCCCCCGUCGCCCCGAUGGUUCCGUCCGCAGCUCUCGCGCCGGUGGCCUUCCGGUCGUCCUUCUCGCCGCCUCUCUCGUCGAACCCUACUCGUAAUAGAAUAAACAUAGAAGGUGCUUUCUGUUCGCCAUGUUCCACAAGGAAGAGAGCUAAUUAUAGGCCUUUCCGGGUGUACAGUUUAUUUGGAGGGAAGAAGGAUAAAGAUGAGAACGGCGAUGAGGCACCAUCAAAAGCAGGAAUUUUUGGAAACAUGCAAAAUCUCUAUGAAACUGUUAAGAAGGCCCAAAUGGUUGUCCAAGUUGAGGCUGUCCGGGUGCAGAAGGAGCUUGCAGCGACUGAGAUUGAUGGCUAUUGUGAAGGUGAACUAAUCAAGGUUACUCUUUCUGGAAACCAACAACCUAUUAGAGUUGAAAUCACAGAAGCUGCGAUGGAGUUGGGUGCUGAAAAACUUUCUGAGCUGGUAAAUGAUGCCUACAAGGACGCACAUUCAAGGAGUGUCCAGGCCAUGAAAGAGAGGAUGGCAGACUUGGCACAGAGCUUAGGAAUGCCCGCGGGCCUCGGGGAUGGCCUCAAGUGAUGCUGCAAUUCAUGAAAGCCGCUUUCCAAUAAUUUUUUUUCUCAAUUUUGUAUACUAGCCGUGCGAGACGUAAGCUUAACCCCUAUGCGGCCUCUCUUAGCUGUGUAAGAAUUGUACUUGUGAGCACUGUUUGGUUCGGCAUUAGCUAUAAUUUGCUGUUUUACACGAGCAGGUACUGCGCACCCUGUUAGCUUUCUUUCGAGGAAAUGCAUCCUUGUAAUUUUGUCACACUGAACAUCCACAUGGAUAUA